AUGGUGGGCGCGGGGCGCGGGGGCCCGCGUCACGCCGAGCAGCGGGCAGGGCGCGCGGCGCCCUCCAUCCACGCCCGGCCGGGGCGCGAGGCGGCGGCGGCGGCGGGCGCGGGGACCGCCAGCCGAGGCAGGCCGGCCCGCGCACUAGCCCGGGCGGCCCCGCGGGCCAGGGGAUCGGCGCGGCGGCGGCGGCGGCGGCGGCGGCGGCGGCUCGGAGCCGCGGCUCUCACGCCCACCUCGCCCGGUCCGCUCUUGCUUGCCGCACGGGCUGAGCCUCCGCGCGGGACCUCGCGGCUGGCCGCCGGCCCCGCGCCGCCCGGCGUGCCCUGCGGGACCCGGAUCCCGGGCGCUUCCGUCGCGAGCCGCCAGGAGGGCCCUGAGCACUCGGGAGAAACGAUCGUUACCGGACAGACCGCCUCUGGCAGGACGUGGAGCCUCGCUGUCACUCGGGAAGGGACGAGACAGUCACAGGCCGGGGGCGCGGGCGGCGCACGCGGCUGCCCAGAUCCAAGGAGACCGGUUGUAAACUGCAGGAUUGGACUUGAGCAGAGCCCACCCGCCUCCACCUGCAGGCGGUGGCCCCCCGUGGCCGAUGCUUUUGGAACUAGUUGGCGUGGACACGCGUGUUUCCGGGAACCGCGGUUUCCUGGAGGCCGAGCUCUGGGAAACGGCGGCCUGGGGCUCGAGGUCCUCCUCGGAAAGCAGCGGCGGCGCAGACCGAGGCGCCCUCCACUCCUCGCCCGGGGCUCCCGGGAGGCGGGCAGGCCCAGCGGCGACGCGGCCCGAAGUCGUGCGCGCGGGCGGCGAGGGGGCGCUGUGGCCCGCGGAUGCCGCCUCGUCCCCGCCGCGGUGGGCCUGGUGCCGUCCCCGGCCACCGAGGGCGCCCCGGCCGGACCUCCCCAACGUCGACUGCAUUCGGGGCAAAGGGACAGCAACCCUGGAGCGUUUGAAUAAAGCCUAGCCGAACCCGGCUUCUCUCUC